GUUUGGACAGCCAAUAGUUUAGUAUUUUGUUAGCUGCACGUCCGGUAUAAUUUUAUCUCGUCCGCUGGUCACACCUCGCGCAUUUUUUCAUCAAAAUUUCGGGACGGAAGUCGCUGGAUACGAAACCGAUAGAUCCAUAGGCAAGCGAACCACAAGACGAACAUGCUCCGAUCCCGACUUAUCCAGGCGGCUAGCUCCGCCCAGCGAGCGUUCUCCACCAGCCAGAAGGCGCUGGCGGCCAAGCAGAUGACCGUGCGGGAUGCCCUCAACAGUGCUUUGGACGAGGAGCUGGAACGCGACGACCGGGUCUUCAUUCUCGGCGAGGAAGUUGCCCAGUACGAUGGUGCUUACAAGGUAUCCCGUGGCCUGUGGAAGAAGUACGGCGACAAGCGUGUCAUUGAUACGCCAAUCACAGAGAUGGGCUUCGCUGGCAUCGCCGUUGGAGCUGCCAUGGCUGGUCUGCGUCCCGUGUGCGAGUUCAUGACCUGGAACUUUUCCAUGCAGGCCAUCGAUCACAUCAUCAACUCCGCCGCCAAGACAUUUUACAUGUCCGCCGGUGCAGUGAACGUGCCGAUUGUGUUCCGUGGUCCCAAUGGAGCUGCUUCCGGAGUGGCUGCCCAGCACUCACAGUGCUUCGCCGCUUGGUACGCCCACUGCCCCGGCUUAAAGGUCAUCUCGCCAUACGACUCCGAGGAUGCUCGUGGCCUGCUGAAGGCCGCCAUCCGUGAUCCCGAUCCAGUGGUGUUCCUGGAAAACGAGUUGGUCUACGGCACCGCUUUCCCCGUGGCCGACAACGUAGCCGACAAGGACUUCGUCGUGCCCAUCGGCAAGGCGAAGAUCAUGCGGCCCGGCAAGGACAUCACCCUGGUGGCUCAUUCCAAGGCGGUGGAGACGUCGCUGCUGGCAGCCGCCGAGCUUGCCAAGAAGGGCAUUGAGGCCGAGGUCAUCAACCUGCGCUCCAUUCGUCCCCUGGAUACGGCAACCAUAUUCGCCUCCGUUCGCAAGACCCACCAUCUGGUUACUGUGGAGAAUGGCUGGCCCCAGCAUGGUGUUGGAGCUGAGAUCUGCGCCCGCAUUAUGGAGGACCAGACCUUCUUCGAGCUGGACGCCCCCGUCUGGCGCUGUGCCGGCGUGGAUGUGCCGAUGCCAUACGCCAAGACGCUCGAGGCGCACGCCCUUCCCCGCGUUCAGGAUGUGGUGGACGCGACCCUGAAGGUUCUCGGCGGUAAGGCGGGCAAGGCUGUGGCUGCUGCCAAGUAAGAGUAGACUUCUAGUCGACCUUCAGCAAAUCACUACACCGAGCUAAAUUAAUUCUUUGUCCUCGUUGUAACGCUGCCUCUGGUCUAACCGAGCUGCCUCCAACUUUAGUGCACCGAACUGGAAUCCGAAAACGGGAAAUUGAAUUGUUUGGAAAUUAAACAGCACCAAAAAUGAUGUUUAUUUUUCAAGCGUUCUAGUUUAAUUAUUUGGUUAUAGAAAUCUCUUGUGAAAAUAAACGAAACCUUUAAACAUA